AUGUCUGACAAAGAAUUUAUAAACGAUUUUAAAGAAAACUACGCUAAAGUCCGAAAGUUGUUAGAUGAAGAUAGUAAGAAUGAUCCCGAGAACGAGCCCUAUUUAUCAAAAUACAGAGCUAAAGAAAUCCUAAACAAUAUGCGUGAUGCGUUAAGCCGAAUAUCAAAUACGAAUACAAGUUUGGAUAAAAUAAAACUAGAUUCUAUGUUGGGGGCAGUUUUACUGAACAUAGGUGUUAUUGAUAUGGAAACAGAGGAGCUCACAUCAAGCGAGACCAUUCUACGGGAAGCUGAGGAUCUUCUCACACCUAACUCCAGUAGACCUGAAAUUGUGAUCACUUUAAUUAACAUAGAAAACAAUCUUGGUAUUCUUUGGUCUAAUAGAGAUGAACCAGGUAAAGCUAAAACGUUUUUACUCAAAGCAAAAUCGAUUUACGAAGAUUUUAAAUGUACAUUACAAAUGCCAUUGCCGAUUGAAUCAAUUAUAAGCAACACCUGUGAAAUUGCUGCUGGUGAUUUCAUGAUCUUGGAGAAAGCUCAUACAUUAACACUCUACUAUAUGGCUCAAAUCUAUGGUUCUCUAAAGGAAAACUUAAAGUCUGCUAUAUACUGUCAUGUGACUUUGCGACGGCAAUUGCAAUAUUCUGAUUACGAGCCCAUCGAAUGGUCAUUAAACUCUGCGGCAUUAUCCCAAUAUUUUGCUGAACAGAACGGCUUUUUCCAGUCGAGACAUCAUUUGGCAGCUGCUUCUACGAUUUUAGAACAGUAUGAAGCAAAGUUACUUGAAUCUGAGAGCAAUGAUGAUGCAUACCUGGCUAAAAUGGAAACAUUUAAACAUAGAUCUGCUGAUGUUGCUCGAUGUUGGGCUAAAUACUGUCUUCUUCUUAUGACUGCUUCAAAAGCGAGGCUCAUGAGUGAUGCAGAUAACCUCCCUGAUAGUAUUACAGGCACAAAUGUCCUAGAUAUGUCAAACUUGGCGUUAGAAGACAAUGAGAAGCUCAUCUUCCAAGAUUUAGAUGUUACAAAGUAUGAGAGUAAAAUUGUUGAUAAAUUCCUCCUAACUUAUCAAGAUGCACGCGAUGUGUUCCUAUGUUGCCAAACCUGGUUGAACAAAGCCAAAGAAUAUUAUAAACUGGAUUCAUUAGCUUCAGACUAUAUAGAACUCAUUCAGGAUAGUUCUCAGUCGUAUUCAUACCUGGCUUUUUUUGAAGAAGACGAUGAAAGGAGGGCUAAGAUGCAUAAAAGAAGAAUCGAUAUGCUAGAAGAUUUAAUCAAAGAAAUAAAUCCAACAUACUAUUUACAGUACUGUAGACAGUUGUGGUAUGAAUUAGGCGAAGUAUACUCUGAGAUUCUGAACAUAAAACUAGACAAGCUUAACAAAUCAAAAGAAAAACCGACCCCACAUUUGUUGAAGAAGGUUAAUAUGUUAUGUGAGAAAAGUAUUGAGAAUUACGAUCACUUCUUGAAUUCAGUCAAAGACAAAAAUGGAGAUAUGCCAGCGAAAUUAGAGUUUGAUAUGAUAAGACCUGUUAUUAGUGCAUACGCUUUCAUAGGAAGAAACAGUAUGAAGAGGAUCGCUUUGGACAAAAAUAUACAGUUGUAUCAUGUUAAGAAGAGCUAUGAUUCAUAUCAAGCAGUCGUUGACAUCUGCAAACGUGAUCAGGAUGCCGCUGGAAUGAUGUAUGAAGAAUACAGUCUGUGUCAGGAAAUGGUGAAUAUACUGCCGCUCAAAAUUAAGAAACUCGAAAGAGAAUGUGCUUCAUAA